AGGACACGCCCACUAACAUACCGCGUGUUAUUGUUUGCAUUCGGGUGUUUGUCAUCUUUAGCUAACUAGCUAGCUUAAUUACAUUAAAUAUGAACGUUAUCUAGUCACACCAACGUUAGAAUAGGUCAUAAACUGCAUGCAACAAACAGUUUCGACUGUAUAAAGAAGAGCAUUGCCAUGCCAAUCUAGCUAGCUAGCUAGCUAACUGACUAGCUCACUUUAGUGAUUAAAACGUACUGUACGGUCUAUGAAAAUGACGACCACCAACAUGAUGGACAUGUUUGAGGAAGGGAAAGUUCUGAAAAUCUGUGCUCCUAUGGUCCGGUAUUCAAAGUUGGCAUUCAGGUCACUGGUGAGGAAAUUUGACUGUGACAUUUGCUUCACUCCAAUGAUAGUUGCUCCUGACUUUAUGCGUUCUGUCAAAGCCAGAGACAGUGAAUUUACAACUAAUGAAGCUGACCGUCCUCUGAUCGUGCAGUUUGCUGCUAGUGAUGCCCAGACCCUGGCUGAUGCAGCCUGUGUGGUCGCACCCUUCUCUGAUGGAGUGGACCUCAACUGUGGCUGUCCCCAGCGGUGGGCCAUGUCAGAUGGCUACGGGGCAUGCCUUAUCAACAAACCUGAGCUGGUCAAAGACAUGGUUCGACAUGUCAGGAACCAAGUGGACAAUCCUAACUACACAGCCUCCAUCAAAAUACGAAUUCACAAGGACCUGCGACGUACGGUGGACCUGUGUCAGAAGGCAGAGGCGGCAGGGGUGUCCUGGAUAACGGUCCAUGGUCGAACCGCAGAGGAGCGCCACCAGCCAGUCCACUUUGACGCCAUCAAGACCAUCAAGGACAGCCUGUCAGUCCCUGUCGUCGCCAACGGAGACAUAAAGACCCUCCGAGAUGUGGAGACCACUCACCAGCUCACUGGAGUUGAUGGUGUGAUGGCAGCCCGGGGGCUGUUGUCCAACCCGGCCAUGUUCGCUGGCUACAACGAGACCCCUCUUGAGUGUGUGUGGGACUGGGUGGACCUCGCCACGAACCAGGGGACCCCCUUCACCUGCUUCCACCAGCACCUCAUUUACAUGCUGGAGAGGGUCAGCUCCCAGCCCGAGAGGAAGGUGUUCAACUCCCUGCAAAGCACCGCCGCAGUCAUAGACUACCUCCACAACACAUAUGGAUCCCCAGACACACAGACAGUAGGCCUAAAUGUUAUGUAUGACGUCAUUCCAAUGAGACGAAAAGGGAGGAGGAGAAACAACUGUCUCCAAAGUUUGCUUUUCUCUUUUCAACCUCCGGUUUCUUUGUUCGGGUGCCGCAGAACUGUAUUUUUAGAGAUGACUUUGCAAUGGACUGCAGUUGCCCUCUUCCUCUAUGUGGAAAUAGGUGUACUCCUUAUCCUCUGUCUACCCUUCAUCUCAGCCACCAGAUGGCAGUGUAUCUUCCAGCUGAGAAUAUGGAACAAAAUGGCCAGGUUUUGGAAUAAAUUCUUCCUCGCCAUGAUCAUAAUCCUUAUAGUCCUCUUCCUUGAUGCUUUGCGUGAGGUGAGGAAGUAUUCGGGCGUGGGAAACGGCAAGGAAGCUAAUCUGCAUCCCAACAUGUUUGACCACCUCCACAUGAAGCUGUUCAGAGCCCAGAGGAACCUCUACAUCUCUGGCUUUACCCUCUUCCUCUGGCUAGUUCUGAGGCGGGUGAUCACUCUGAUCAACCAGCUGGCGACGGAGUCUGGCACCACGGCCUCUCUGCAGAUCAAGGCAGAGUGUGCCAACCAAACUGCCAAGAAAUACAUGGAGGACAAUGAGCUAUUGAAGCAGACUCUGAUGUAUGGGAAGGGGGACAAGGCCACAGCGGAGGGAAACGAGCUGCUGAGGUCAGAGGUGGAGAAACUGAGAGGAGAACUGAAAGGCUCAGAGGAAGCCUUGGAAAAGUCCCAAUCCGAGAUGGAAGCUAUGAAGAAACAAUCCGUUGGACUGACCAAAGAAUACGACCGACUGCUGAAAGAACACCAGGAUCUUCAAGAGAGUGGAGAUAAAAAGGAUGAUUGAUUGGGCUUAUGACUACAACGGUCAGAAUGUUUACAGAUCGAACCAAGAAACCAGAAAUACUGUCAGGCACGCUGUCACUUUCCUUUGACAUACUGAAGCACUGUGCAUGAUGUCACCAAAAUACUCCUCCAAGGCCUCACUGAGCCGCCAAACCUCAGAUAAAAAGCACCUGAGCACGUUUGUAAUAGAAUAGCUACUAGACCAGCCUAGAAAUAGUGUUUCUAUAAUUCGCUGACUUUUGGAGAACGGAUAGCAGUUCAAGCUUCAGAUUACAGUGGUCGUCUACUGUGAAUAUAUUUUUGAUGUAAUGGGCUUGCUAUGUAGUUUUUGUCCCCUGUAUAUCGCAAGAGCACCACCAUUGCAUUCAUCCUUCUUUUAUUUUUUUUAGCCUUAGCAGCAAUGCAUAUUACAGAUUGAGUUGUAUGUGUUUUGUAAAGCAAAAUUAGCAUUGAGUUCAUAGGGGUAGAGAAGCUAUAUUGAGUCAUUUUUGUUGUUGAAUAUUUGAUAUCAAUGUUCUUCAUUCCUCUUAGAUGUGGAGGGUUUGUGAAUAUUACACAGGGUCACGGUCAUGAUUUUCUGCUUUGUAAUAAGGAUAGUGAAAUGGAAAAGUCUGGGGAAAUUCAUCUUUCCUCUUCUCACCCUGACUCCCUGUAUUGACUGUCGUAGCCCAGGGUUUGGGUUGGGUAGACUGGGUCAGCACUUGGAGUGGGAUUGAUAAGCGACCAACAAAUCUUCCUCUAGCCUCCAUCCCCUAUCUCUUAUAGGGCCCCAGUACUGUACUGUACAUCCCCCAGUACUGUACUGCACAUCCCCCAGUACUGUACAUUACAUUCCAAAACUAGCGAACAGUAGCAUCGCUGACAGAAUAAGUGCCUUUCAGAUGAUUGUAGAUAUAUUUUCAAGUACAAAAAUCUGGUUGGAGUAAGAAAGUUGUUUUCAAUAUUUCAGUAUGGCUCAUUAUUAAAGUUUUUUUUGCGGCUAAAUCUGUUAUUUUUUACUUUGGAAAAAUUGUCUCCACAUACCAACAUGUUAUCCCAUAUUAAAAAUGUUUUAUUUUUGUA